CCGCCGUUCAGCCGGUCCUCCGGUUUCUUCUCCAUAUUUACCCGCUCACAAUCUCGCUGCCCGAGUCCUUUUCCCAAGCGCGAUGCAGUCUGCCCGUGUCUGUGCGCGAACACUUUGCGCCUCGUCUUCCAGAGCGCGUAUCUCAUCUUCUUUGCACCGACCGACGCGGUUCAUCCAUGCCACACCUACAGUGCACAGGUCCAAGGCCAAAAAGGCAGCAAUAGAAGCCGAUGCUGAUGAUCUCUUCGCUUUCGAAGACUCAGAGGAGCUCAUUCCUCUAGGCUCCACCGCAGAGGAAACUGCAAGCACCAGCAGCAAUGCGCGCACCAAGUCAUCCCAAACAACAGACUACGCCGCGAAAUUCGCGGAACACCUCAAGUUCCUGUCGGAACACAAUGGAAAAAGGCCUGCCGUACGCGAUGGGAAGCAAGUCGCUGAUUCUAUCUGGCUGCAUUUGCUCGGGAACGCGAGGAGCCAGGAGGAUCUCGAAAAGGUGGCGAAGCAGUUCAUGCCGUGGAAGGAUGCAGGCCGUGAAAUAAAGCCGAGAGUAGUUGACCUCUUCGUCCUGAAAUGCAAACAACUCGGCUGCACUAAGUUCGCGCUCGACGUCUUCUCCAACCAUGCCACCUACGGCCUCGACCUCGACCGCACCUCAGGCCGUCACCUCCUCCACGGCCUCCACCUCCAACACGACCUCUCCGACUCCAUCACCCUCGCCGCCCUGUACGACGUCUUCAACCUCCGCGGUCUCUCCAGCGACCCUGUCUCCUGCGCCAUGCUCACCGCCGCCUGUCUCCGCGAAGCGUCGCGCACGGAGAAACGCAAAGAUGUGCGGGACGACGCGCGUUUGGUCGGUCAGGCGCUGCUGCCCUCGUUGCAGAGGGCGCUGACGAAGUACAAGACGGCGGAGAAGCUGAAGGGGAAGAGGUAUUCGGAGAAGGAGAUUUCGUGGUUGAGGUGGACGUUGAAGAAGGUGGAGAUUGGGGUGGUUAAGGCUGGGUGGAGUUCAGCGUGGUUGAGGGAGUUUAGGGAGGCGAAUAAGUGGGGCGAUGAGGGACAUGCUACCCUGCGUGCACAAUCCGGCGCACCAGCGUCGGCUUGAUAUUGAGUCUAUCUUAUUACUUGUCAUUUGAAUGCUUUAAUUUCCGUGGCAACUAUGAGAAUAGGGCCUCACCUAUCUGCCGUAAGACUUAGCUUGCCGUUUUAUCCAGAGCUUACGCACUCGGAGGCCGUCC